GGGGAGAGUUUCGAACGGAGCCGCGGCGCCGUGAGGGGAAAAGAGCGGCGGGAGCUCUGAGGUGGGAAACGUGAGGUAAGAAAUGGAGCAAAAGGGCGGUUUUUGUGAGGGGGAAAGUGGCGGGAGGCGAUGUUUUGAGGGUUUUAAUGGUGCCUGAAAUCUCCCUAGGCUCCCUCCCGGUCGAGGCGCCUCGGCCCACUUUGGCGCGGAACUCCCCGCACGUAGAAAAGGAGCCCCUCAGGGAGGAAGCGCGGAGGGCUUGACCUAAUAAAUAAAAGAUAAAGCGAUAAAUAAAAUGAAGGAGGGGGAGAAGAGAGACAUAGAAACGGUUCUUCUCCCUCCUGACGCCGGUGCUUGUGGCCAUGCCAUGAAGCUGGGGUUCAGGACAGAGCAAAGAAAGGCAGGGUGAAGCUGCGGAACUCCCUGCCACCGGAGGCAGCGAUGAGAUGGCGGGUGGGAGCAGCCAAAGGCCACGACAGAGGGAGAGAAAGAACUAGAAGUCCAUCUAUCUCUAUAUGGAGAAGCAGAACCUCUCUCCCCCCCCCCCCAAUAUGUGUGUGUAUAUAAUCUAUAUAAAGAUAGCUUUAAAAGAGGAUUAGACAAAUUCACGGGGGGGGGGGAGUAGGGACUGGGGGCUGGACUAGAUGACCCCUGAGGUCCCCUUUCUGUUGGGUCUGGUUUCAAACCCUGAGCGAUUUUUGCAACAGAGAGCUAGUGAAUUGCAAAGACAGGGAGGAUCCAUGAACAGAUCUUUAUUUUACCUAAGUACAUGUACAGAAGGAAUGGCCGACCCCGGAGGACUGCUGGAAACUUUUAAACAUUCAUUUUCUCCUUACUCCCCUAAUUCCUAUUGGUUUAAGAACUUGCAGCGGACAGAUUUCCUUGAACGCCUUUUUCCUACCUUACUCCUUGAUAUGUGCCCCCACUGUUACAUACAGUCACGUGCAUCCCAUAUACAUUUAAAUUAGUAAUUUAAGGACAAAGGGUGUGCCUUUUAAUAUUCAUGAGGUAAUUAUGCAUGCGUACUUUCUUAAGUCAGCACCUGCUAAUUCUUGUUGUCUUGGAUUGUAAAUCUUUCACUCCUAGGCGCUUCUUGGCUAUCUACAGGCCUUGAGCGGUAAAAUGAGUCCUUAACCUUAACGCAUUCCAAACAAGAGCUGGUAAGAGGUAAUUAACGAGUAGACGUGGGUGGCGCUGUGGUCUAAACCACAGCGCCUAGGACUUGCCGAUCAGAAGGUCGGCAGUUCGAAUCCCCACAACUAGGUGAGCUCCCGUUGCUCGGUCCCUGCUCCUGCCAACCUAGCAGUCCGAAAGCACACCAAAAGUGCAAGUAGAUAAAUAGGUACCACUCUGGCGGGAAGGUAAACGGCGUUUCCGUGCGCUGCUCUGGUUCGCCAGAAGUGGCUUAGUCAUGCUGGCCACAUGACCCGGAAGCUGUACGCCGGCUCCCUCGGCCAAUAAAGCAAGAUGAGCGCUGCAACCCCAGAGUCGGCCACGACUGGACCUCACGGACAGGGGUCCCUUUACCUUUAACAAAUAGACGCAGGUGGCGCUGUGGUCUAAACCACAGAGCCUAGGGCUUGGAUCAGAAGGUCGGCGGUUCGAAUCCCCGCAACCAGGUGAGGUCCCAUUGCUCUUUCCCAGCUCCUGCCAACCUAGCAGUUCGAAAGCACAAAGUGCAAGUAGAUCAAUAUGUACCGCUCUGGCAGGAAGGUAAACGGCGUUUCCAUGUGCUGCUCUGGUUCUCCAAAAGCGGCUUAGUCAUGCUGGCCACAUGACCCGGAAGCUGUGCGCAGCAACCCCAGAGUCGUCCAUCACUGGACCUAAUGGUCAGGGGUCCGUUUACCUAACAAAUAGACAAAAGAAGAAAUUCAACUUCAAAAAGCCAAGUUGAUGGACUGCAAGCUGGCUUUCUUUAGCAUAACACUUGAUAGAUUCCUCCAGCAGGGAAGCAUAGACAGCAAGCACAAUUUUAUGCAGAAGCAAAUAUAGCUGGUUAUUUUAUAUAAAAACAGGAUCAAUAAUCAUUUCUGACCCCACAUUCCCACUCUACAAUUCUCUUAUUCUGCUCUUGCGAGAGGCAAGGGAUCUCUGUGGUUCUCCCAUUAGAGGCAGCAGUGUUUCUGAAUAGCAGUUGCUGGAAAGUGUGCUUUUUCUCUAAGCUUCUUGUGGGUUUCUUUGUGGGGCCUCUGGUUAACUGGAUGGGGCCCCAUUUAGCCUGAUCCAGAAAGCAUCUCCUUCCUUAAGCAUCUACGCUGCUCUGGCCCAGCCAGUUGAUGGAGCCUCCUGGCCUGGGGGCUGCCUAAGCCUGCUCCCCCCCAGUGCUUUGCACCGCAGCUCUCCUCAGCUCCAGCCAGAAUGCAGAAACUACUCCACUGCCUGAUUUUUGGUUGAAGCAUGUGAGCUUGUUGGAAGAAGCAAAAAGACGCAGGCUGUUUUAUGCUGCUGUCCCAAGGCUAAAGGGUCUGCCAGUAUAAACUGGCCUGGGGGGGGGGGGGCGGAUCAGGAAUAUCAGUGGCUUGCAAAGAUAGGCAAGGGAUGCAAACAUGAGUUCUCAUUCUAAUCCUGGCUCUGCAGGCAGAUAGAUCACACCUGUCAACACAUAACUGACUAACGCACCUGCCUCUGACUUGUAGGCACUUUGCUGAGAACAUGGCGUUUGUUACUCCAAGGAAGCGAAAACGCAGUAUUGACAGGUGAGAUUGCCGUUGCAAGUUAUCCAAGAGCUUUAGCUACUGUUGUGACUUGAAAAAUCAGAGGGAAUUAUUUUUAUACAUGUAUUACUGUUGGUUUUGGGAUGUUACAAAACGAUUGGAAUGUACAACAUCCUGCUCUCUUCCUCUUAGGUACUUUCAUUCUUCACUUUCUGAAUUAAUGAUUAAGAGAUUUGGUUUAACAUUGUCCAAAUUGGAGUAAGGUGUAUUGUGUAAGUGUUAUGUACUGAAGUUCUCACCCUGGGCCAGCAGGGGGAUACUGUAGAUAGUUUUUCACUCAGGUCCACAUAUGCAAAUAAGGGAUUGAAAGUGACGUUCAGUGAUUGGAUAGUUACAGAAAGUUGUUACAGUUGUGUUGUACUGGAGCUCUAUAUAAGCAGGCUGGCUGAACCCUUUAGUUCAGUUCUGUUCUGGCCUGUGAAUAAACAAGAGCUGUUUGAGGAAUCGCUGUGUGGUCUGAUAUGUUCACCCACAACUUAACAGUAAGAGACACUGUUGUGUUAUUUCAUUUAGAUCCAGUUUGUGAUCUCCAAUAUUUUGCGUAAUUUCCUGUGAUAAUACAGGGAACUAAUUAUGUUUCUUCUGAAUUCACUGAUUGCUUAAACAUAAUUUAAUAGGAAGAACAGAGGAAACAGUAGGAACCCAUAUCCUUACCCGUAAAUCUUUAUAACUUGAUUUUUUUUAUCAUCUUCCAAUAUGUAUUUGUCAUCUUACACAUCCAUCACAUGUGGAAAUGCACCAAAUUUCAGUAUCUUCAACUGGCUAAUCUAGCUCUUUUAAAAGAUUGCAUAGGUUCUGCUAAAGGUAGAAUGCUAUCAUGUGCAAAAAGUUUUAUUCCCCCCCCCCUUUAAGUAAAGAGUGAAAUAUUAACUUUAUAUUGUUGUAACGGAUUACACUUCCUCACACCAGCCAGACCUCAACCCCCAGUCCAGUGCCCAAACCGUAGAGGAUGUAAUGACUGUCCCUCAGGAGCCUCUGGGUAAUGUAACGGAAAUUCUUACUGUGAUUUUCUUUUCCCAGAGUCUCCUGAAGGACAGUAUCCACCUCACUGGGAGAGCCUUCAUGGUUCAUUAGUUGUAUCUGGAGGAAGCAAUUUAAACUCAGUGCACUAACUUUUCUUUUAUAUGGUCUGUGUAUGAUACUUUGGAUAUGGAGUCGUCACCGGCUAUGGUUGGCGUUUUACUGUGUUAUGUUUAUGCAUAAUGAAAAUAAACAUUAACUUUACAUUUUGCAGCUUGUUACUAGUACACAGGAAUCCAGCGAAAAAACUGAUGAUGGAAUUCGCUGAGGAUCUGCCUAUAACAGAUCCUGCAGGACACCGUACUGUAUCUCAAAUGCUGAGUUUCCAAGAUGAAGAAAAAGAAAAUCAAAACCUGUCCCAAGCAUCAAGAAUAUCACAGAAGCUUGAUAAGUCUCCACUACAAGCAGCCAGUGUGCCAAAGGGGAUACAAAGGGAGUUUCCACAGAGAACGUCUCCUGAGUGUGGCAGCGCAUACUGUUCCAUUGUACCCCCCAGCUCCUUUUACAACAAAGGGAAGCAAUAUCUAAACCUACUGGAGAGGAAACUAGCAAAUGAAAGCCAUCCUCUGAAUCCAAGAAAUGGUGACGGGAACCUACCUGUUGCCAACAAGACUGAGACAACACAGCUGAAAGUGAUGACAAACAGGAGCAGGCCUUCAAAAACACCCAAGCGCCCUGCUGCUUCCAGGCAGGCCAAGGCUUUGCCGAGAAACACCAAAAAAGCCAAGGUAGAGGUGGUGCUUCCCAAGCCUGUGGAGGGGAACAAGGAUGCUAACUGUGCUAUUCAAGAUAAAGUGGAGAAUCCUCUUAAAGUAUUAAGCAUGAAAUUCAAACCUGUGCCAAAGCUCCAGACGGGGGCAGCAUUCUUUGCCACUGGAAAGAAAUGGCAGCCUGGCUCUAAGAAGAUACUUUCAUCUCCAUCGUCCCCCUGCUCAGUUAGCAAGCCCACAGUAAAAGAGAGACCGGGCAGACACCUGGCUCAUUCCACGCUCUACUUGUCCACUGAAAGCGAAGCAACGGAAGCAGGCAGGAAAGGAAGCCCAAAAGAGAAAAAAUACGAUCAUGUGGAAGAUGGUGUGAAAUUGAUCUGCAACACAAGGCAGGAGACUCUGUGUGAAGUGGACCUGUUGCAAGAUACCAGCCCUCUCCAAACGUCUCAUUCCGGUUGGUCAGAGACUCUGGUAGAAAAGGAAGCUGAUGCUGGAACUCAGGUAUGUAGAAUCUAUGAAAACUGGUAACCAAAGUUUGCAUUUAUGGAAUUUCUGCUGCGAUACACAAUUUUGGAACUUCACCGUGUGUAGACAAUGUUUUGUCCACUGAAUAUUUAUUUAAUUUGUAUACUGCCCUUCACCCGAAGAGUGAUUCAAACAUAAAAAUACAACAUGAGAACACAUGAUGCAUAAUAAAGCAAAUAGCAAAUGCAAACCAAUAAUCCCCCUCCCACAAACACAUUUUAAAAAGCCAUAGAGUGGUAAUCAGCCAGAUGCCUGGUUGAAGAGAAAUGUGAGGAAUGUGUGUGGUUGCUCACGAAGAUAACAGCCAGGACUCCGACUUGUCUUUUACAGGUUUUAUUGAGUGCAAAAACUAUGUACAGUGCAGAAGUCCAAAAUCCAUGUCUGCCUCAAUCACUAGCAGAUUCCGGAAGUGGUUUCUUCUGGUUUGCCCUCCAGCACAAAAGCCUGGGAAAACCCCCUCUCUGCCUCUUCUCCUUACGCUUACUUCCCUGGCGAAAACUAUGUGACAGAAGCAUUUCCAACUCCUUGGGAGGGGUGUCGUGGCUCAUCUCAGACUGAGUGAGCCUUUUUCAUCAACCCCCCUUCUUUCUUCAUCCAUUUCUCCUGAGGGCUCGCCUUAACCACACUCGGACAAGGUGCAGCUGCUCAACAAAGGGGGAGGCUCUCUGUACGUUCCUGCCUCUCUCCCCUCCCCUGAUGGCAGCCCCCUGACAAUAUGUAAUGAAGGCUCCAAGUGAGCCUCCCUGUGUGGAGCAUUCCACAAACUUGGAGCAGAAAAUGUCCUUUCUUGUGUUGUCGCCCUCCGGACCUCUUGUGGAAGAGACAUAAAAAAAGGACCACAAAUGAUGAUUGCAGGGUCUGGAUCUGUUCAUAUGGGGAGAGGCGAUCCUUCAGGUAUUAUGGUGUUGAAUGCACUGUACAUUAGCAGGUUAUACGCCAUCCUUUAAUUCUUUUUUAAAUCUCACAAGCAAGCAAAGAAAAUUUCAGUUAAUAUAACACAGUAUAAUAAACACUUAAUAUUAACACAGGUGUCAAAAUCAGGAAGAUCCAAUAAAGCCAUAAAUUAACACUACUUCAGAAAAAAAUACUGAAAGGCCAAAGCCAAAAAUUCAUAAAAUUUGAUAUCUGAGUAGCCUCUCUGCAGUAGGCUUUCCAUGUAUGAAAUGUCAGAAUUGGGUGCGGGGAUGAGGACAUCUCUAGUCACCACACAUUUUAACUUUCAGCAACUUGGAGACUUGAAAAAGGGUUUCAUAAUGUUCAGCAGUAAAAAUGAGGAAUUUGCAGAAAUCUCUGCCUUACAUUCACAGAAUUCACUGGGUCAACAGUUUUAGAGAUGUUACUAUGCCAUGGUCACUCUGGCAUUCCAUGACAGCUAGUGCAUCUUAUUAAAUCCCACCUUUCUUCCAUGACAUGGAAGGUGGUGUUUGCAGUGGUGGUUUUCUAUUAAGCCACUGACCAGACCUAGAUCUGUGCUUCUUUUCAGCAAGGUUGCUCCAUUGCAUUUCUUCAGAUCAUUCCCUCAAACCUUAAAUGGAAACUUCUGAAGGGAUAACCAAGUAGCAAAAUUUAUUAUUGGGGCACCUUGAAAAUUUGCCUUGUCGGAAAAACAUUUGUCUUCUUCAUUAGGACCCUGAAGAAAUCUUGCAGGGAUCACCAAAAAACGUGGACAAGCACGAGACUGCCUCUUCCAGCAAGCUUUCUAGUACGAUAAUCAAGGAUAAGCGUAAGUAACAUUGAGAAUAUAUUACAAUUUCAGAUGCAUCUGUUCUGUGUUCAUGGAAAGCUUGGUAGGCCACCCUAUCAUGUUCAUCACAAUACUCUGAAUAGAGAAAGUUCUCCAUGUCAUUGGGACCUGGCACAAAUUGCCAAUGGAGGAUAGAAAUCACAUUAUUUUUUUCUCUUUUCCCCAGAGCCAUCUUCAGCAAGUGACACCCAUCCAUUUUUCAGUACACCUUCCAGCAACAAAAAAAGGUAUGGGAAUCUUGUUCUGAUAUUCAGAAGUGAUACGUAGGUGAAAGGAGUUCUUCAGUUUUGACACUUUUCUUUAUGAACCUGUUUUCCCCGGUGAAUAUUUACUAUAUAACCCAUUACUACAAGAUAUAAAUUCCUUAAAUAAAUUUCAGGCCACACAGUCUCUCAGAUGAGCAGUCAUCAGCUGUAUCGUUCAGUCCAGUAGGACAGAAGGUUGCUGCCAUUCUGAGAACCAGCAAGAAGACAAAGGAACUGAGCAAAGAUCAGAUGAUCAUUGUAAGUAUAUUUCUGAAUAUAUUGUUAAUGACUGUCAGGUCAACUAAUGCCAUCCAACUUGGAGCUUCUAUUUUAGAAUAGAAAAGCCUAUCUUAGCCGCUAAUCAGUUUUAUAAACACUGCUCCUAAAACAUUGUACAGUUUUUUCCUGAUGCCUCAGGCUGGUUUGGGCAUUGCAACAUGGUAACUCCCUCUUUCCCCUGACAGGAUGCUGGCCAGAAACAUUUUGGUGCCACUGUCUGCAAAUCAUGUGGUAUGGUCUACUCAGCUGCAAGCCCAGAAGAUGAAACACAGCAUGCCCAGUAUCAUCAGCGGUUCCUUGAAGGAAUAAAAUAUGUGGUAAGACACAAACUAAAUGCACCAUGGUAUCCUUUGUGAAUUGAUUUUGUUUUGGGCAACAGAAUUCCCUAGAGCAUACCUUGCUAAAUGGAACAGGGAAUUCUUAGGAAACUGAGCACAAAUGUUACCUGAGCUCAACAAUCCAGCAGACACUCCAGCAUUUUGUGUGAGUUGCCAUAUAAAAAUUAUGGAAGUACUUCACCUGAGUGUCUUUCGCAUGGCUGAGACUCUUCAUGGUGCCUUCCAGAUGUUUUGGAGUACAACUCCCAUUGUUCCUGAAUAUCAGCCUUGCUGGCUAGGACUGACGGGAGUUGGAGCCCAACAUCUGGAGGCCCAGAGGUUGGGGAAGACUACCGUAAAGGAUCAUGCAGGUUGUUUUAAUCAUGACUAAUAUAUAUAGUGGUUUACAACUCUCAAGAAUUAAACUCUUGGGCAUCUACGCUUUUUGCCCUCUUCUGUCUUUUUCUCCUUUUGAUAGAGCUGGAAGAAUGAACAUGUCGCUGCAGAAUUCUGGGAUGGAAAAAUUGUCUUGAUUCUUCAGGAUGAUCCAAAAUAUGCCAUCAAAAAGGUGCGGUGCUGACUUUUCUUCUAGUCUUGCUCCUCCAAAUGGGAGUGGUCUGCUACUUGAUGCAAAGGAAGAAUCUGGAGCAUACACUCCUGGUUCUUUUUUCUUUUAGUUGUGGAUUGACCCUUCUCACAAAGGUGGGUGUGGUUCACCCCAAACAGCUUGGUAGGCCUGCAGGCUGGAGAUUCUCCACAACUGGUGUAAAAUAUUUGCCCUGCCUCCAAGUAAAAUGAACUAAUUUUAAAGUGUGUACAGUGGUACCUCGGGUUACAUACACUUCAGGUUACAUACACUUCAGGUUACAGGCUCCGCUAACCCAGAAAUAGUACCUCAGGUUAAGAACUUUGCUUCAGGAUGAGAACAGAAAUCGCACGAUGGCGGCGCGGCAGCAAUGGGAGGCCCCAUUAGCUAAAGUGGUGCUUCAGGUUAAGAACAGUUUCAGAUUAAGAACGGACCUCUGGAAUGAAUUAAGUACUUAAACCUAGGUACAGUGGUGCCCCGCAAAACGAAUGCCUCGCAAGACGGAAAACCCGCUAGACGAAAGGGUUUUCCGUUUUUGAGUUGCUUCGCAGGACGAAUUUCCCUAUGGGCUUGCUUCGCAAGACGAAAAUGUCUUGCGAGUCUUGAGAUUUUUUUUUCGCUUUUCCCCCCCUUUAUCUAAGCCGCUAAGCCUUUAAUAGCCUUUUAGCAGCUAAUCUGCUAAGCCGAUAAGCCUUUAAUAGCUGCUAAACCGCUAAUAGCGCUAAUCCGUUAAGGCGCUAAUAGGGUUGCUUCGCAAGACGAAAAAACCGCUAGACGAAGACACUCGCGGAACGGAUUAAUUUCGUCUUGCGAGGCACCACUGUACCACUGUAUGUAUUCUUGUGGGGUUUUUUUUAAUAAGGGAAAGUCUCUACCUUCCUCACCAUAUCAGUUCUAUUUCCUUUUUCUGGCUCUUUUCCUUUUUAGUUUGUUAAAUUUCAAUUUAAAUAAAUUACCUUGUUUGGAGCAAAAUUAGGGUGUUUAUUCCAGCCACACUUCUUGUAUUGUUACAAAAAAAAUACACCUGUUGCCUCAGAUUUUAGGAUUUACCGUAUUUUUCGCUCUGUAAGACGCAUGUUUUCCCCUCCAAAAAUUAAGGGGAAAUGUGUGUGCGUCCUAUGGAGCGAAUGCAGGCUCCUUGGCUUCAGCGAUAGCAACGUGAAGCCUCCGAAGCACAGUGGGAGCGCUCCCACUGUGCUCCGGAGGCUUCAGGUUCCUUUCACUGAAGGGUAGGUGCCCCUUCAGCUAAGCGGGAGGAGAAGUGGAAGGGGCUCUGUUUCUCCUGCCACUUCACUGAAGGGGCGCUGCGCAGAGAGGGGGAGAUAUUUUUUUUCUUGUUCUCCCCCUCAAACAAGGUGCGUCCUAUGGUCGGGUGCGUCCUAUAGAUCGAAAAAUAGAGUAAUCAAGAGUUCUUCAGUUGUUUCUGCGGAUAACUGCUGGAAGGCACAGUAGCAAUGUAUUUAGAAAAAAAAUGUUUGUUGUGACCUGGAUUGAGUUUUGUCUGGUUUAGUUGCUGAGCUUUAUAUAUGGCAUUUUCCUUGCACAGGCUGAAGCUGUACGGGAGCUUGUAGAUAACGAGCUUGGAUUUAAACAAGUUGUGUUGCGCUGUCCAACCCAAAUGUAUCUGUUUGUAUCCACUGAAAAGAAGAUUGUUGGCUGCUUAAUUGCUGAGCCGGUCAGACAGGUGAGUAAUUUGCCAAGUGGAAAGAGCGAUAAUCUGGAUCAGGGCAGACCCUUGAUCCAGGAGUUCAUCCUUAGAGGUGUUUGUGACUUGGCAAAGAGAAGGAGCAAUGCAGUUGACUAGACCUCUUUCAGCCACGUGUCUUGCUACUUGAAUAAAGCAAACCACUUUAGUCCUAAGAACCCCGUCUGCUGGUAACUCUUACUGCACUGAAAGCAGGACUUUAAACUCUUUUGACAGUAUGGAAACCAUUUAAAAGCGGUUGGGAGUGUCUGCUGUUCAUUCUUAGAUGUGAAGGGAAACAUACUGCUAGAAAUGGGAAGUAAAAGUUCUUCAUCAAGUUUGAUAAAUGUGGAGUGGAGCUCUGUCUGCAAGUCUCCACUGUGCCUGGCAACUCCUCUUUCUGCUUGUAGUUCUAGGUCCUUGCUAGAUGGGACUCAGCAGGCUUAUCCUUUCCUUAGCUAGUGGAUUCUGUUGGGUUAGUUCCCUUUACAGAGAAAGAAGUGUCAUCUGCUUAACGGAGCUGCACAAUAUACCGUAUUUUUCGCUCUAUAACACGCACCAGACCAUAACACGCAUGUAGUUUUUAGAAGAGGAAAACAAGAAAAAAAAUAUUCUAAACGAAAUAGUGGAUAUAUGAUUUUUGUGGUUCAUGCUGUGGCCACAGACAUGUGAUCUGACAGUGAGUUUGGAGUAGCCCAAUGCAAAAUCCUGAGGAUCCAUGUGGAUCCAUGCUUUGUAACCACGGAGGAGGGAAGGAAGGGGAACCAUGGAUCCUCUGCUCACGACUACAGCAGAUCCCCCCCGCCACCCGCAGGCAUUCACUCCAUAACAUGCACAGACAUUUCCCCUUCCUUUCUAGGAGGAAAAAAGUGAGUGUUAUGGUGCAAAAAAUACGGUACCUCUUCCAGAGCAUUAAAUCACUCUUGUCCUAGAUAAAGGAAAAAGUAAAUGGGGAGGAGAGGCCAAUUGCAAGAAAAACGAAUAUGCACAUUUUCUCUGCUGUCUUGUAUGUCAGAACAAAUCUGUCUUUUAGAGCCUUUUAGCUGGUCCCUUAUCCUGAUCUAACAGCAUUCUAAAUGAGUUUCUGAGCUGGUAUCAUUCCACUGCGGCUCUCCCCCAGAGAUGAGCCCACUGACACGUUCCCAUGCCUAGAUGGCUGGCUGUUCAUAGCAUUUAAAGUGUGGCAAUUGUUAAUCUGUUGCUGUAAAAAUAGCUUCUUAAAGGCUAACAAAUGUUUUAUGGAUAACAUUUGUAGGUAACUCUCUACUUCAAGAAUAAUUGAGGCACUUCUGGCAUUUGGUACAGACGCCCCAAACAUGAUGCUUUGGGCAUCGUGGUGCGUCCCAUUGAAGCCUUGCAUAUGGCAUGCUUUGUUAGAGGCUUGCUACUGUUUUCCCCACCCCACUGCCUUGUUAUAAGCAUAUCCUGUUGUUCCUAGGCUUACCAAGUGCUUUCAGAGCCUCCAGCCGUGUCAGGGUCUCCUACUAAUGACAGUCUGGAGCCUCAGCGUGCCUGGUGCUGCUCAACAAAGCCAGAGAAGGUGUUUUGUGGGAUCAGCAGAAUCUGGGUGUUCAGCCUGAUGCGGAGAAGAGGCAUUGCCAGUCGUCUAGUGGAUGUGAUGAGGUAAGGAAAUGUCAUAUCUGAAAUAAAAGUAGACAGUGUUCUCAGAUAUGACCUUCUGGGAUUACAGCCAGUUUUCAGCUUGCUUUAAAGGAGGUUUACCAGCAAGUAAUACUUAGGAGCUGGUUCCUGCUUAAAGAUCUGGUGUAUGAACCACAUAUAGCAAGGGGUUGAGAGAACCUUGGACUUAACUGCCUCUCUGACUCCCAAGCCUGGUGCAUAUGCUUUGGUCAGUGAUAGUUUGGGGCUCUGUAUAACAGAAACAGAACAAUCUUCGUUCCUCCUCACCCCACCCCAAGGCCCACUUUCUGAUGCAGAUCACAUCCUUGCAACCACCCCAUGCAUAAAACAUUCUUCAUGAACCAAGGCUUGUGAGAAUACAUUACCAUAGAAGUAUUCCCCAGCCAUCACCCACGAGAGGUUUGCAGAUCCUAUACAACACAUUGAAGCUUGGUGGGAGUCUUAAGUUUCAGAUAACACUAGUUUUUUAAAACAAGCUUUUCCUUCUAAUCCAGAAAAAUGUGCACACUGAUUGUGAGUGUUCAGUGAUGUGGGAAAAGGCACUCCUUGCAUGUCUGGUGUGUUCCCCAUUUCUUUUAAUACUGACAAAUUUAAAUAUACAAACUGACCGUAAAUUGAAAUGAGCAUGAAAACAGGACUGGAUCCUUGCGUUACAUUGAUAACUUUUCUUUUCUUUUCCAGACGUACAUUCUUAUUUGGCUCUUUUUUAAACACCAACGAAAUUGCUUUUUCUGACCCCACACCAGAUGGCAAGCUAUUUGCAGCCAGGUAUUGCCAAACACCCAACUUCCUUGUUUAUAAUUUCAUUAGUUAAGGUCAGUUGAGGGUGUCUUCCUAUGAAGAUUCAACAAGCUAUUUUGUCAUUUUCCUUGUGUUAUAUUCUGCAUUUUAACAUUGUAAUAUAAAUUAGGAGCGGCAACAAACCAUGUUUGUGUUGCUUUAAAAAGUUUAUUCUGAAAGUUGAUUGUAAGUUUUAGAUGGUACGAAGAGAAGGCCAACUUAGUCUAUCUACAGCUGACAUCCGCUUGAGCUAUUUGUAUCCUCUGCCUCCAGCGUUCCGAAACUUUGAACUCCUUCUGUCAAGCCUAUUACUAUAAUAGAAGAUUGGCUUUUUUGUUUAGCCAGCUGGAUCUGAGGUGAGAGUUUGAAGUCAGGGGCCAGUGGUUCUUCAUAUAUUGGACCUAAUGGUCAGAGAUGACUGGAGGUGUAGUUCUGCAACAUCUAGAAGGUGACUGGUUCUCCAUUCUUGCUUUAAGCUAAAGAAAGUCACUCUUGACAAAGAGUAAAAUCUUCCUUACAGAAUGGAGGUAGGAAGAGUCUGAGAUGUUCUAAUGCUGCUAUGGGCCAGUUAAAUAUUCUUUUUGCACCUGUUGGUAGCGCUUGAGGCUACUUUUGCAAUCCUAAAGCAUUGGGUUUUGAAUCCUGAGCCUGCGUCUGGGAACUGCUGCAAUUAUUGCACUAAACCUUGUUCGAACGAGUCUGUUCAAAUAAAAUAUUUGUGUAAUUUUG